CAUUAUAUGUUCAUAUUUCAGACUAUGCCAUCAUUUGACUUAAAUCCUGUGAAAGGGAUGCAUUUCUUCUUCAACAACUCAAAAGACAACUUGGAGCCACUGAACACAGACAACAAGAAUUACAUAAUGAAUGAAUUCAAAAACCUUGAUGAGAUUUCUGAGGCACUUUCCACUCUGAAAAUCACCAUUGGGUUUCUGGAGUUGUCAUUUGGAGAUCCAGACAUGCUGCUGGUGGACUAUAUGAAGAAGGAACUGAGAAUGGAGGAUGGAGCGCGGCGUUUAAGUCUGCCGGUUCUGCAGUCGAGCAGAGUGAAGCAUAUCCAGUCCCUUUGGGAAGUUCUGUCAGCACGGAGGUCCAUGAUCCUUGUUCAGAUGAAGCAGAAUCCAUUUUACAUGAUUGAUGAACAGUUUCACAUUCGCCUCACCGAGAAAGACAUGGAUGAACUGGCAUCUCAGUUGUCAAGAUUUAGAAACAUUGAUUUGUUUAUCACUGAACUUCAUGACAUGAUAAUGAACAUGGAGAUGAAUGAAAUUAAACCAGUUUGGACUAUCAUGGAGACAUUUACGGCUUUCUUGGAGAGGAAGGAGAUGGACGAUGAGUGCAUCAAGCGCCUGCUGAAUCCACUCAGAGAACUUGGAGACCUGAAGAUGGAAAACAUCUUAGCUCUGUGGAAACUAGUAGUGGAGAGAAGAACAGCAUAAAGCAGACCAGCAAUCAGAGUGUGUGUAAUGGGAUUAGCUUUAGAUUAAAUGUGAUUAGAUUCGUUUAAAAACAUAAGAAUGUCCCCUAUUGUAAACGUGAAACUUACAUUUAAUGAUCAUGGUAAUACAGAGAAGAUCAAACCAAUCGCAUACUGUGUUUUCAACAUUAACCUUCUCCAUUGCUCUUAUUCAAAGUAAAAUAAUUACUGUGUGGCAAGUAGCAAACAAGGUCUUUCCCAAGAACCUUUAUUUUUUCAGUUUGCUUUGCCUUUGAAUGCUUACUUUGAAUGAAUGCAUCUGGAUGGUUACAUUUUAUAUGUGAUCUUGCUAUCAUUUAUAUACA